AUGGCAUUUCGGAAGGCAGUGAAAGGAACUGCUCUCAUUGGAGGAGGUGCCAUAGCAACAGUUUUUGGCCUCUCUCAAUUUUCUCAGUAUAGAAACAAACACGGCGCCUUUGUGCACGUCCAGGCUGCCGAAGCUGUGACUGUUCCCAUGAUGAAGAAUCUCCCCACGAGAGAGCAGCAGAUCUUGGCCCUGCAGACCACGGAUGAGUUUGACGUCCUCAUCAUCGGCGGAGGAGCAACAGGGUGCGGCUGUGCUUUAGAUGCAGCCACCAGAGGACUGAAAACAGCCCUUCUGGAGAGAUACGAUUUCUCAUCGGGGACCAGCAGCAGGAGCACGAAACUGAUCCACGGAGGUGUGCGGUACCUCCAGAAGGCCAUCAUGAAGCUGGAUUUGGAACAG